UCAGACCCACUAGCCAUGCCAGGGAUUGUGGUGUUCCGUCGCCGCUGGUCUGUAGGCAGUGAUGACCUUGUUUUGCCAGCCAUCUUCCUCUUUCUCCUUCAUACCACUUGGUUCAUAAUUCUUUCCGUGGUGCUCUUCGGACUGGUAUACAAUCCCAAUGAGACCUGCUCUCUUAAUUUGGUGGACCAUGGCAGAGGCUAUCUGGGUAUUUUGCUCAGCUGCAUGAUCGCAGAAGUCGCAAUCAUCUGGCUCAGCAUGCGUGGCAGCAUCCUGUACACAGAACCUCGGGAUUCGAUGCAGUAUGUGCUGUAUGUCAGACUUGCCAUCCUGGUGAUUGAGUUUGUCUAUGCUAUUGUGGGCAUUGUUUGGCUAACUCAGUACUACAGUUCCUGCAAUGACGUGACUGCCAAGAGUGUCACUUUGGGAAUGGUUGUCUGCAACUGGGUCGUCAUUCUGAGCGUUUGCAUCACUGUCCUAUGUGUCUUUGACCCAACGGGACGCACUUUUGUGAAAUUACGAGCCACAAAGAGGAGGCAACGCAACCUGAGGACAUAUAACCUGAGGCACCGUUUAGAGGAGGGACAGGCUAGCAGCUGGACUCGACGGCUUAAGGUUUUCCUUUGCUGCACUCGAACAAAAGAUUCCCAGUCAGAUGCAUACUCUGAAAUUGCAUAUCUCUUUGCUGAGUUUUUUCGAGACCUUGACAUAGUCCCAUCUGAUAUCAUAGCAGGCCUAGUGCUUCUACGUCAGCGGCAGAGAACAAAACGCAGUGCAGUGCUGGAUGAAGCAAAUAAUGAUAUUCUAGCCUUCUUGUCGGGAAUGCCAGUAACCAGGAACACCAAAUAUCUGGAUCUGAAAAACUCACAAGAGAUGCUGCGCUAUAAAGAGGUCUGUUACUAUAUGCUUUUUGCAUUGGCUGCUUAUGGCUGGCCCAUGUACUUGAUGAGGAAACCUACCUGUGGACUCUGUCGCCUGGCCAGAUCCUGCUCAUGCUGCUGCCUCUGUCCCUCUCGGCCCCGGUAUGCUCCUGGUGUUACUAUCGAGGAAGAUAACUGCUGUGGCUGCAAUGCUAUUGCCAUUCGUCGCCAUUUCCUUGAUGAAAACAUGACUUCUGUGGACAUUGUGUACACUUCCUGUCAUGAUGCGGUCUAUGAAACUCCUUUUUAUGUGGCUGUGGAUCAUGAGAAGAAGAAAGUGGUCAUCAGUAUCCGAGGAACUUUGUCUCCAAAGGAUGCUCUGACUGAUCUGACUGGAGAUGCUGAGCGCCUCCCAGUGGAAGGUCACCAUGGCACUUGGCUUGGGCACAAGGGGAUGGUGUUGUCUGCUGAGUACAUCAAAAAGAAACUGGAACAGGAGAUGGUGCUCUCUCAGGCAUUUGGCCGUGAUUUGGGCAGAGGAACAAAGCACUAUGGCCUCAUUGUAGUCGGUCAUUCCCUGGGAGCAGGCACAGCUGCCAUUCUGUCCUUUUUGCUGCGUCCCCAGUAUCCAUCUUUAAAAUGCUAUGCCUACUCUCCCCCUGGUGGGCUCUUAAGUGAAGAUGCCAUGGAGUACUCCAAAGAGUUUGUGACUGCAGUUGUUCUGGGCAAGGAUCUAGUACCUAGGAUUGGUCUCUCACAACUGGAGGGAUUUCGCCGGCAGCUUCUUGAUGUUCUCCAGAGAAGUAACAAACCAAAGUGGAGAAUCAUUGUGGGUGCAACCAAAUGCAUACCCAAGUCUGAGCUCCCCGAAGAGCUUGAAGUGAAUUCAGUGACUAGUCAUCGUCUCUGGACCCAUCCCAGUGAUUUAACCAUUGCCCUGUCAGCCAGCACGCCGCUCUAUCCUCCCGGGCGGAUCAUUCAUGUGAUUCACAACCAUCCUGCAGAGCACUGCUGCUGCUGUGAUCAGGAGGAACCCACCUAUUUUGCCAUUUGGGGUGACAACAAAGCUUUUAAUGAAGUGAUCAUUUCCCCAGCAAUGCUGCAUGAACAUUUACCAUAUGUGGUCAUGGAAGGUCUUAACAAGGUUCUGGAGAAUUACAAUAAGGGCAAAACAGCCUUGCUUUCUGCAGCCAAAGUGAUGGUGAGUCCCACAGAAGUGGAUCUCAACCCGGAGUUAAUCUUCCAGAAUCAGCCCCUGCCUAGUAGACCCUCUGUGCAGAUUGGGAUCGGAGACAUAGCAGCGGAGAGAAGGAACAGCAGCACUAAGAUUAAGGCUCAUUCUGAAAUCAGUUUGGAAGGGUUUUAUGACCCCAAGCUUCUGUCUCCGGUGCAGAAGGAUCCUGUGGAGCUCCUGCUUCUAGACACCAAGGAGCGCCUGUCUGUAGAACUGCAGGACCGGCGCGCUCCUCUUGCCACUAUGGAGAGCCUGUCAGAUAAUGAGUCAAUCUACAGUUUCGAUUCAAGGCGCUCCUCUGGUUUCCGUAGCAUCCGUGGCUCUCCCAGCCUCCAUGCAGUCAUGGAGAAAGAUGAGACUCACUGUUUUUAUAUUGAUCCAGCAAUCCCUGAGGAGAACCCCUCCCUCAGCUCAAGGACAGAGCUGCUUGCUGCUGACAGUCUUUCCAAACACUCCCAGGAGACCCAGCCUCCUGAAGCCCUGCACAACAGUGGUGGCACCUCUCCUCAGCGGCAAUGCAGUGAUGAAGGAGCUGGCAGUGACAUAGAUCGUGUCUCCUUCACUGCUCGGGAGGAACUAACCCUUCAGAAUGGGCGGCUCAGUGAUGCCCCCAGUCCACAAGUGCUGGAGUUUGCUGAGUUUAUAGACAGCCUCUUCAAUCUGGACAGCAAAAGCAGCUCCUUCCAGGACAUCUAUUGCAUGAUGGUAUCAGACAGCACUAGUGAUUUUGCUGAGAUGCCCAAGUCUGUCAGUGAUCAGGAGAUCCUGCUUAGAGCACAGUAUGAGCCCAACCUAGUCCCAAAGCCUCCCAGGUUAUUUGCUGGCUCAACAGAUCCCUCCUCAGGCAUAUCGGUUUCCCCUUCUUUCCCUCUGAGUUCUUCAGGAGAGCUUAUGGACAUCACUCCUACAGGCAUGAGUAGCCAGGAAUGCCUAGCUACUGAGAAAAUCCGGACUUCCACUCCCACUAGCAACAUGGCCAGCCCUGCCAAACAAGAGGACCUUGUGAUCUCAGCCCUCUAGUAUAGGAGAGAAGGGGUUGUGGCUCAAACGGCCAGUCCCGUACACUGAAUCAUGGAGAUAACACUUGGAGGGGC